CGAUCAUCUCCCGCCGUCUCGCCAUCACCCUCUCCCUCUCUCUCUCCUCCCUCACCUUUCCCUUUCCCUCUCUUUCCGCCGUUCUCCCUUCCCCCUGCCCAUCCUCAGCCGCUGUAACAUCCAAAGCCUUCCUCGACAUUUCCAUUGCCGGCAAACCCGCCGGCCGCAUCAUUAUCGGCCUCUUUGGCGCUGCCUCACCCGCCGCCGCGACAAGAUUCGCCUCUCUGGCGUCCGGCUCCGCCGGCGUCAGCUUCCGGCGGAAAGAGUUUAUCAAGAUCGCCCCCACCUUCGUCCAACACGCCGGCGUCCGAUCCUACGGCAUCGACGCUGAUCUCGCGCGCCGGGGUUCCGGCAUGGACCUCGCCGCCGACGAACUCAUCUCUGAGUGGGCGGCGGAGGCGGAUCGAUGUGCGGGCUUGAGAAGCACGGCGGGAACGGUGGGGAUCGUGGUGAGGAAUCCGGCAAGAUCUGCGCCUGCAACCCGAAUCGUGGCUAGGAAUGGGCGGAUUGAGGUGGAAGAAGAGGGUGAGGUGGGGCCCAACGGGACGGAGUUUGUGAUUGCGACAAGGGAUUCGCCGGAAAUGGAUGAGGCGGCGGUGGCGGUCGGGAGGGUCAUUGAUGGGAUGGACGUGGUGGAGAAGAUCGCCGGCGUUAGCGCGGUGAGAGAUAAUACUGGAUCGCCAUACUUCAGGUAGGGGAUACCUAACUUUUUUGAACUCUUUUGGUUCAGUUUUAUUUAUAUUUUACACUUUUUUUUUAUUUAUAUUUUACACUUAGGUAACAACAUCUAAGAUGUUAUUAUUUUGAUUUUUUUUAAUAUAAAAUGUAAAUUUUCUCUUCAAAA